AUGGAUGACUGGUGCUACCCAGUGAUCUUCCCAGAUGCACGGAAUUUCCGCCCCUUCACUGCUGACUCUCUCGCCGCAAUUGAGAAGCGAAUUGCCAUAGAAAAGGAGAAAAAGCUCAAAGAUCCGACAGCUGCAGAGCCCCAACCUCGACCUCAACUUGACCUAAAGGCCUCCAGGAAGUUGCCCAAGCUGUAUGGUGACAUUCCCCGUGAGCUGAUAGCGAAGCCCCUGGAAGACUUGGACCCAUUCUACAGAAAUCAUAAGACAUUUAUGGUGUUGAACAAAAAGAGAACAAUCCACCGCUUCAGUGCCAAGCGUGCCCUGUUCAUUUUGGGGCCUUUCAAUUCAUUCCGAAGUUUAGCCAUUAGGAUCUCGGUCCAUUCAUUGUUUAGCAUGUUCAUCAUUUGCACUGUCAUCAUCAACUGUGUGUUCAUGGCCUCAACUUAUGGGAAUCAGCGCAUUAAUAUAGACACCGACAAUGCUGAGUAUGUCUUCACUGGGAUUUAUAUUUUUGAAGCUUUGAUAAAAAUAUUGGCAAGAGGUUUUAUUCUGGAUGAGUUUUCUUUUCUUCGAGAUCCAUGGAACUGGCUGGACUCCAUUGUCAUUGCAACAGCGUUUGUCUCGUAUUCACCAAGUGCCAAAGGCAGCGGCAUCAGUCUGUCAUCCCUGCGUACAUUUCGAGUGUUCAGAGCUUUGAAAGCCAUUUCAGUAGUUUCAGGUCUGAAGGUCAUUGUGGGGGCCUUGCUGCGCUCUGUGAAGAAGCUUGUCGAUGUGAUGAUCCUGACUCUCUUCUGCCUCAGCAUCUUCGCCCUGGUAGGUCAGCAGCUCUUCAUGGGAAGUCUAAGCCACAUAUGUGUCCAGGAGAGCUGUUUGAAUUACACUAAAUAUGACGACUGUUGUUUAGAAAAGAAAAGUUCCACUGAAUUCAGACUCUGUGGCACCUGGUUGGGUAAAAGUGCCUGUCCGAACAUGUCUCAAUGCAGAUCCACCCACAGGAAUCCUGACUAUGGCUAUACAAAUUUUGACAGUUUUGGCUGGUCUUUUCUUGCCAUGUUCCGGCUUAUGACCCAAGAUUCCUGGGAGAAGCUUUAUCGACAGACCUUGCGUACCUCGGGGCCCUUCGCAGUCUUCUUCUUUGUGGUGGUCAUCUUCCUGGGCUCCUUCUACCUCGUUAACUUAACCCUGGCUGUGGUCACCAUGGCUUAUGAGGAGCAGAACAGGAACGUAGCUGCUGAAACGGAGGCCAAGGAGAAGAUGUUUCAGGAAGCCCAGCAGCUGUUAAAGGAGGAGAAGGAGGCUCUGGUUGCCAUGGGAAUUGACAGAAGUUCACUGAAUUCCCUUGAAGCAUCGUCUUUUUCCCCAAAGAAGAGAAAGCUAUUUGGUAGUAAAAGGAAGUCCUUUUUUGUCAGAGAGUCUGGGAAAGAACAGGUUCCAGUACCAGAUUCUGAUGAAGAUACCCCAAUAAAACCACGUCUCCUGGAGCAAACCAAACGGCUGUCCCAGAACCUGUCGGUUGACCUCUGUGAAGAACACAGAGACCCUUUCCAAAGGCAGAGGGCACUGAGUGCUGUCAGUAUCCUCACCAUCACUAUGCAGGAACAAGAAAAAUCGCAGGAGCCUUGCCUCCCAUGUGGGGAAAACCUGGCCUCCAAAUACCUCGUGUGGAACUGUAGCCCCCAGUGGCUGUGCUUUAAGAAGGCCCUGAGAAUGGUGAUGACGGACCCCUUUACUGAGCUGGCCAUCACCAUCUGCAUCAUAAUCAAUACUGUCUUCUUGGCCUUGGAGCAUCACAAAAUGGAUAGGAGUUUUGAGAAAAUGUUGUAUACUGGAAAUCUGGUUUUCACGGGUGUUUUUAUGGCAGAAGUGUGCCUAAAAAUCAUUGCGCUCGACCCCUACUACUACUUUCGCCGCGGCUGGAACAUUUUUGAUACCAUUGUUGCUCUUCUCAGUAUUAUAGAUGUGAUGAUGAGCGAAGUCAGUGUGACAGUUUUCCGUUCCUUAAGAGUGCUGAGGGUCUUCAAGUUAGCCAAAUCUUGGCCAACUUUGAACACACUGAUUAAGAUAAUUGGCCACUCCGUGGGAGCCCUCGGAAACCUGACCGUGGUCCUGGCCAUUGUGAUCUUUAUUUUCUCAGUAGUUGGCAUGCAGCUGUUUGGCUCUAAAUACAAUGCCACAAGAAAUAAUACAAGUUCCUGUGACCCUGCCAGCUCAUGUUUGCGACGCUGGCACAUGGGGGAUUUCUACCACUCCUUUCUGGUGGUAUUCCGCAUCCUCUGUGGGGAAUGGAUCGAAAACAUGUGGGAAUGUAUGCAAGAAGAUAAAACUUCACUGUGCAUUGUUGUCUUUCUGUUGAUCAUGGUGAUAGGAAAACUUGUGGUACUCAACCUAUUCAUUGCCUUGCUGCUCAAUUCCUUCAGCAAUGAGGAGAGAGAUGGAAAAGGGGGAGGAGAGGCCAGGAAAACCAAAGUCCAGUUAGCACUGGACCGGUUCCAUCGUGCUUUUUGUUUUGUGAUAUGCACUGUUGGGCACUUUUGUCGCAAGGGGUGCAGUAGGCAGAACUUACCAAAGCAAAAAGAAGUGACAGGAGGCUCUUCUGUGGAGAGCAAAGAUGUCAUUCCCCUGGUCGCAGAGAUGAAAAAAGGCCCAGAGACCUGGGAGGAGCUGGGUGUAUCAACUUCCGCACCAAAGACCUUGGAUGUUGGGCUGGAUGGGACGUGGUUGGCCCCACUUGCAGAGGAAGAAGAUAUUGAAUCUCCUGAGGAAGAUAUUGUGCAACCUGAGGCUGGAAAACAGGCCCAUGAGCUCCAUCAGGGGGCCAAGUCUGCCAGACCAAGAGUUCAAAGUGUGGAAAUUGACGUGUUCCCUGAAGAUGAUGCUUAUCUGUCAGUACAGAAUCCCCGAAAGAAGUCCGAUGCUACCAGUGUGUGCUCAGAAUGUAGCACCAUCGAUCUACAAGAUCCCUUUAGGCGGGUUCCUGAAAUGGUUCCCCAAAAGGAACCAGAGAGAUGUUUGCCCAAAGGCCUGAGUUGCUGCUCCCCAUGCUGUGCUGUGAACAAGAGAAAGGCCCUCUGGAUCACUUGGUGGAACCUGCGGAAAACCUGCUACCAAAUAGUGAAACACAGCUGGUUUGAGAGCUUUAUUAUCUUUGUGAUUCUGCUGAGCAGUGGGGCACUGAUAUUCGAAGAUAUUAACCUUGAAAAACAACCCAAUAUCCAAGCAUUACUUCAAUGUACUGACAAUAUUUUCACAUACAUUUUUAUCCUGGAGAUGGUUCUGAAAUGGGUGGCCUUAGGAUUCAGGAAGUAUUUCACCAGUGCCUGGUGCUGGCUCGAUUUCAUCAUUGUGAUUGUGAGUUUACUAUCUCUGUAUAACUUCUUAGAAUUUAAGGCAUUAAAGACACAUUCCCCGCACAUCAGGCCUAUCCUGGGAAGAUCAAGAGCUUGGUGAGUCUCACACAUCCAUUAUGUUUUCCUUCUAUUUUCUUUCCUUAAGGUGGUCGUUAAUGCUCUCAUAGGUGCCAUACCUGCCAUUCUGAAUGUUUUGCUCGUCUGCCUCAUUUUCUGGCUCAUAUUUUGUAUCCUGGGAGUAAACUUGCUUUCUGGAAAAUUUGGAAGAUGCGUGAAUGAAACAGACGUCUCGUACUUCAUAAAUGCGAGUGUUAUUGCAAAUCGAAGUCAAUGUAAAAUGGGAAAUUUGUCGUGGGUCAACCUGCCAGUCAACUUUGACAAUGUGGGAAUGGCUUACCUCGCCCUGCUGCAGGUGCACUUGGAGAGUGGCCAAGACAUUUUUAUGACAGAAGAACAGAAGAAAUACUAUAAUGCAAUGAAAAAAUUAGGAUCCAAAAAACCUCAGAAGCCCAUUCCAAGGCCUCUGAACAAAUGCCAAGGUCUCGUGUUUGACCUGGUCACACACCAGAUCUUCGACGUCGUCAUCAUUGUCCUUAUUUUACUCAACAUGGUUAGCAUGAUGGCUGAGUCGCAUGAUCAGUCUGAAACCAUGAAGACCAUCCUGGACCAUCUCAACGUGGCCUUCGUGGUCAUCUUUACAAUUGAGUGUCUCAUCAAAAUCUUUGCUUUGAGGCAAUACUACUUCACCAAUGGCUGGAAUUUAUUUGAUUGUGUGAUCGUGGUCCUAUCUAUUGUUAGUACAAUGGUCUCUACCUUGGAAGAACAGGAACACAUUCCUUUUCCUCCGACACUCUUCAGAAUUGUCCGCUUGGCUCGGAUUGGCAGAAUCCUGAGGCUUGUCCGGGCAGCACGAGGAAUCAGGACACUCCUUUUUGCUCUGAUGAUGUCCCUUCCCUCUCUAUUCAACAUUGGUCUCCUACUCUUUCUGGUUAUGUUUAUUUAUGCCAUUUUUGGUAUGAACUCUUUUUGCAAAGUGGAGCAAGACUCUGGAAUUGAUGACAUAUUCAACUUCCAAACUUUUGCAGGCAGCUUGCUCUGUCUCUUUCAGAUAACCACGUCAGCAGGCUGGGAUACCCUCCUCAAACCCAUGUUGCAAUCAAAAAGUUCCUGUAGCUCCAACUCAGAGAAUUGUCACCUCUCUACCAUCGCCAUAGCCUACUUUGUCAGUUACAUCAUCAUCUCCUUUCUCAUUGUUGUCAAUAUGUAUAUUGCUGUGAUUUUAGAGAACUUUAAUACAGCCACCGAAGAAAGUGAGGACCCUUUGGGUGAAGAUGACUUUGAAAUAUUCUAUGAAGUCUGGGAAAAGUUUGACCCAGAAGCAACACAGUUUAUCAAAUAUUCCUCCCUUUCUGAUUUUGCGGAUGCCCUUCCUGAGCCUUUGCGUGUGGCAAAGCCAAAUAAAUUUCAGUUUCUAGUAAUGGACUUGCCCAUGGUGACUGGAGAUCGCCUCCACUGCCUGGAUAUUCUUUUUGCUUUCACCACUAGGGUGCUCGGUAACUCCGAUGGUUUGGAUAACAUGAAAGCCAUGAUGGAGGAGAAGUUCACGGAAGCCAACCCUUUCAAGAAGUUAUAUGAACCCAUAGUCACCACCACCAAGAGGAAGGAAGAGGAGAGAUGCGCUGCUGUUAUUCAAAAGGCCUUUCGAAAGUACAUGAAGAUGACCAUGAGUGCCUUGGAUGACAAACCUCCUACGCCCCUGCAGAUACUCUGCAAUGGAGACUUGUCCAUCUCUGGGGUGGCGGAGGGCAAGGUCCACUAUGACUGAGCCCCUCACCUCUACCCCUUCCUCACAGCCUCACAGCCUCGCCUCCAGCCUCUGGGCGCCAGGGGUCCACAGCUCAGUGUAUCAACAAACAGUGGACUCACUGAAUUAGCUAUUUCAUUUCAAAGUUCACUUCAAAUGGUUUUUACAGAGCUAUAGGAUAACACUGCCUGACUAUAACCACUGGCACUCUUUUAAUAAGGAAGAAGAUGCUAGAAAAAGCUGUAGGGGACACACUAAUGUUAUG